CCUGCAACAAACCACCGCUUCCAACGACAACAACACCACCACCACAUCAAAUAUCACAUUCAACAAAAAACAAUGCCUUAUCCCCCAUAUCUUAUCCCCAAUCACGGUCCCACUCUCCUCCAUGCACCUCCACCACCCAUCGCUGCUCCAUCGCUCCAAGCAGACGGCAAAUCACCGGAAAUAAUGUCUUGACUACGGCGCACUUUAGCGUGCGGUUCAUAGAGUUCCCGGGUUCCUUGUUAUCGAUCGGAAGCGUAUCAACAAUCAGGAACUCGAUAGCCAGAUUGUUAUAAGCCCUCCGCCCCCAUCUUCUCCUCUCCUCACAUCUUCUCAACUACACAAUUGACCUCUACUCCACCCUCUCAAUUGCACAAUCAACUCAACUCUCCAAAUGACGAUAACAACCACCACCUUCAAACUCAACUCCGGCCACGAAAUGCCCGCCGUCGGUCUCGGCACCUGGCAAGGCAAGUUCGGCUCCGACGACUCGGCCCUCUUGAAAUCGACAAUCAAGUUCGCGCUCACCACCGGCUACCGCUUCAUCGACACCGCGGCCGUCUACGAGGUCGAGGCAGAAGUCGGCCAGGCGAUAAACGAGUCCGAGGUCCCCCGCGAGGACAUCUUCGUCGUCACCAAGCUCUGGAAUACAAUGCACGAUAAAGUCGAGGAAGCGUUUCUCCGCUCGCUCGACACCCUCGGGCUUGACUACCUCGAUCUAUACCUCAUGCACUGGCCGAUGGCCAUGGACGCCCAGCGCAACCCGCUCGACCAUCCUACCCCGGCCGAGACCUGGCUUGCGAUGGAAUCCCUGCUCAAAAAAUACCCCACCAAGCUCCGCUCCAUCGGCGUCUCCAACUUCUCCCCAAAGACAAUCAAAGACCUCCUCGCCGUCGCGACCAUCGUCCCCGCCGUAAACCAAGUCGAACUCCACCCGAUGCUCCCGCAAUUCGACCUCGUCGACGCCUUCGACAAACUCGGCAUCCGCACAAUGGCGUACUCCCCCCUCGGCCAAUUCGACUCCCCGCUCCUCACAGACCCGGACUUACUCGCUCUCGCCGCGAAAUACAACGUCCCGAUCGGAACCCUGAUCCUCUCCUGGUCCGUCCUCCGCGGCGUCGCCGUCAUCCCCAAAUCAACAAACAAAGAACGGCUGGUGAAUAACAUCUCUUUGCUCCCCGAGAUCGCGCCAGAGGAUAAGAAAGCGAUCGAUGAGCUCCAUAAGAAGAAAAACAUGCACAGACGUCUUUGUCAGGUUGGUAACGGGACUCGGCCGACUGGUAAUGAUAUCGUCUUUGGUUGGACUUAUGAGCAGCUUGGUUGGGAGACUUUUUCUGUUGAGUAAUCUCCAUUCAUGACAAGUACUGCUAUCAUUUAAUGUAUCUGUAUCUCAUCUGCUGCUAUGCUACUACAAUAGACAGCACUAAAACCCUACAUAAAAUACCUCUCCCUCUCCUCUUUACCCAAUCCCAUACAAUAACCAUCCACAGCUAAAAAAAAACCCCACCAAAAAAUCAA